AUGUUCGUACAAGCGCCUGCCUUGUUGAUCCAACAAAAGUCGGAGAAUUCGGAGGAGGGUAGCGACGAGGAAGGCUCUGGCGAUGUUCUUCAGAAACGUCGGGAGGAAUGCGAGAGAAAGGCGAGGCGAGGGGAGAUGGAUCCUCGCCUAGAAUUCGCCUUCCAGCUGUUGAUGGAUGCGACGCAGUUGUCCCGCCACGAAAUCAUGGAUCACGUUUUCGAGGGGGACAUGCUCGACGAAAUUAAUCAACUGUUUUUGCCGCACAUGAGAUCCACCCUUGUCUGGUAUUAUCAAGAAGUGGAGGAACCUGCGACUCUGCGUUCUGCGGAAACUAUACAAACGAAAAGCACGACUUCCAGACCAGGUCCAAACUCAUCCACGCCAAAAACUAAAGAGCAGAAAGAAACAAAGGAACCAGGAAAGAAGAAACUAUUUCUGACCGAUGGAUGGCAAGUGUCUUGCACUGGAAUAUGUAUUUACAUGUUCAGAUUGAACGUCUCGAAACAAUUACCCGAGGAGGGUUUCCAGAAGGAUCUUUACACCGGUGUAAUAGACACGAAGAAAGUGGGGAUAAUAACAGCGAUACAGAGAGUAGUUGAGUAUGUUUUCAUGGACGCGUUGGCACAUCCUGGUAGCGAAGGAGAGGACGAUUGUCCUAUGAUCAAAAGCCUUUUGUUACCUGGUUUGAGGUCCUUUUGCAGCGCUCUGAAAGUAUGUGAACAGGUGGCUCACGAAGGACGCAUAUUCGAGGACGGCGAGACGUUGAUGACGGAAGUGCGCAACUUCGAGGAGGCAAAGGCGUUCGUGGCGAAGGAGAACGCGGUGAACAUCGUGGAAGAGCGAGUGAAAGUUUGGAUUAAAAAAUUGAAGGACUUCAUGGCAGAGAGUAAACAGGUGAAACGGGAGAACGACAAUUCUGGACCGCAACAGGAAUUGGAAUACUGGAAACGAAGAGGCGCGCAGUUCAGUCAAUUGGUCGAUAAACUUCAGAAUCACGAGAUACGAAUGUCGCUUCUUUGCCUGCAAGUCGCGAGAUCGAAGUUGAUAAAAGAUUGGGUCGAUGCUGAGGACGAAGUGACUUAUUGCUACAACGAAGCUAAGGACAAUGCGAAGUUCAUUCAAGCGUUAGAAAAAUGCUGCCACUGUUUGUAUCUGGACGAUCCAGUGAAAAUGAGAGACUCUCUCGUGUCGUUGUUACAAACGGUUCGCCUAAUAUACAGCGUUUCGAGGUAUUACAACACCUCAGAGCGAACCAGCUCGUUAAUGAUAAAGAUCACGAAUCAAAUGAUCGUGGCUUGUCGAGACUACGUAACGAACAGAGGCCGAGAGACUGUUUGGGGUCAAGAUCGAGCAGCUGCACGAUCUAAGCUGAAGCAUUGUCUGAGAUUGAACAAAGCGUACAGAGAAACGUACAGAUUGGUUAGGUGUUCACCAGCUGUGACUGAACAAGAGUUCUCGUUCUCGGAGACUCACGUGUUUGGAAGGUUCGAUUCUUUCUGCGCCAGGAUAAGAAAAAUUUUGACCGUGUUCGACUUGAUACAGGAUUAUAAGAAUCUCUUUGAACGAAGAAUGGAGGGGCUUUUGUUGGGAGAAGCGUUAGAUGACGCGAUCAGAACAUUCGAGGAAGCCGAAACAGUGGCAACAACCAAAGCUUACGACUACCUAGACCCUCGAAACACCGAAUUCGACACCGAUUACGACGACUUCAUGUCAAAAACUGAUGCGUUAAAACAGCACAUCGGUAAUAUCAUCGAGAAAAAUUACGCGGACGUGUGGGAAACUCUUCAGGGUAUACGAUUUUUAACUCGAUUCGAAAAAGUUAGCGAAAACAUACCGCUGACAAAACUCGACGAAAAAUACAACAUAGUGGUGAAAUACUGCGACAAAGAAGUCGACAGGAUUCUAAAAUUGUUCAAGAGACAGAGGGAUGAUCCGCCAUUGCCUAGGCACAUGCCAGCCAUCGCUGGGAGGCUAACUUGGGCUAAUUCACUCAAAGUACACCUCGACGAAUUGGCCACCUCCGUCUCGAAUCAUCCAGUUCUCAAAACGCUUCCACUGACUAUGGAGCUGGAAAAAAGGUACAAUUACGCUCUGAGCGUUUUGAGCCAAUACAAAUCAGACAUAGCUGAAGUGUGGACGCAUCAGAAUUCGUGGGUGAUCGAAGAUUGCCUGAAACGACCUUUGCUGGCGGUCGAUGAGAAAACGGGGAAAGUCAAGGUGAAUUUGGAAAGUCGCGUGACUCUUCUGCUUCGGGAGGCUGAUUGUUUGGCUAAGUUGAAUCUGGAAAUUCCUAUUGUCGCGUUGACGAUUCUGACGAAGAAGGAUUAUUUUACUCUAAUUACGGACUCGAUGCAAUUGAUGAUCGAAGAGUAUGUUGCUACAGCUAGGAGGGUGAAACUUGAAGUGAGACCGUUGUUAUUGCCGCAUUUAGUGAGGGUUACGUCGUUGUUGGAGUCUGGUUUGGUGGCGUUGACUUGGACAAGUCCUGAGUGGAGGGAGUUUUAUCAGAACACGAAGGAACAGAUCAAGGAGUUCGAUAUAUUGAUCACGAGGGUUCACGAUGUGUACGAUAAUAGGAUUCUAGAGGUGCUGACAACUAUGCAGAGGAUCACGUUACACAUUCUACCAGAAUCUGAUCAACCGUGGACGAUAGAAGAAUUCGUGGAGAAGACCGAGGAAAUAUGCAGACUCGCAGCGGUAGAUUUGUAUCGCAAGAGUAUGAUGGUAGAAGAGGCUGUAGAGGAAGUGCUGGAUCUCGUUAAGAACGCCGCGGAAAACUUCAAAAGCGCCGCUAAUUCCAGUCAAUUCGAUUUUUUUAAUACCGAAGAAGACGAAGAAACGUUAGAUCAAGCAGUUCAACAAGAUUGGUCUCUGGUCUGGAACUUAUUCGACGAUCCUCAUCAACUUUUGGCCACGCCUGGUAGCCUUCCAAAAGGAAUGCAGGACAUGGUGCGAAAUGCAGUGUCCGAAAUGAGAAGAUAUUACUCCAGAAAAGUUGUGGACGUUCUCAUAAAGGUCACCAGAAGCUCGUUAGACGCCAUUAGAAAACGAUUUAUUCGAGAAAUCGAUCCAGAGGAGACACCGAAUCCGAUAUUUCUACUGCAUGCAACUUUGAUGAUACCAGUGGUCACUGUAAAACCUAGCUUGGACGACGUGCAGGAAGCUCUAACUUUAGUUGGUAAAACGAUUGCUGGCGUUGCUAGAGGAGUUUCACAGUGGAAUUCCAGGGUUAAUAAGAAUUCUUGGGGCCAAGCAUAUCCAAGAAGAAAUUUCGCGGACAUUGUAAUGAGAGCUCAAAGGCAAGUUGCAAAGAAGAAGGAGGAGGAGCCAGAAGAUCCAAGAAUCAGAAGGCGUAAAUUGUACAAAAUCAUCUCCGAAGAAAGACCAAUUUUUCCGGUUCAAGAACAGAAUUUUCACGCGAUGGUGAUGGACAACAAAGAAGUGAUAAAACUGUUAUCAAUACUGAACACGUGUAUGCAAGAAUUCAAGCCGGAUCUGGCUGAAUUCAUCGACAGAUGGAAGUCGUAUAAAUUUUUAUGGAAGAACGAGAGAAAUAUGCGAGAAUUGUUACAGAUUUCCUUGCCAGAGUUUGAAGCCACUCUUCGGAAGCACAGUGAACUCGAAGAUCUUCUGGCGACUGAACCUGACAUGAUUAUCUUUGGAAGUUCCAUUGCUGUCUCCACGGAAAAAUUGAAAUAUGGCUUAUACACGGAAAUCAAAGCAUGCACCCACAAGAUCGGCCAAGCAAUGAAGAAGAAGUAUCGCCGCGAGAUGGAAUACGUCUACGCGCUGAUGAACGAAAUGGAGCGCAAGCUGGAUCGUCAGAUACGAGAUCUGGACGACGUACGAUUGAUCAUGGACACUUUAAAGAAAAUUCGAGAGCAAGAGGUCGACAUGGAAUUAAAGAUCGACCCAAUAGAGGAAGCUUUCAACAUCGUCACGAGAUACGAAGUUCCGGUGGACCAAGAAUGCCUGGAACAGGUUGACAAUUUGAGAUACACCUGGCAGCAGUUACUUCUGCGAGCGCAAGAGAGUCACGUGUUACUGUUGAAGUUGCAACCUCAGUUCGAGGAAGACCUGAGAGACAAUCUCGAGAGGUUCCGUGCCGAUAACGAGAUGUACUGCGAGGAAUACAGAUCUUCCGGACCGAUGCAAGCUGGUCUGAGCCCGAGGGAAGCUUCGGACAGGCAGAUUUUGUUUCAAAAUAGAUUCGACGGGAUGUGGAGGAAAUUGCAGACGUACCAGAGCGGCGAGGAAUUGUUCGGCUUGCCUAUCACGGAUUAUCCUGAACUGUCGCAGAUCAGAAAGGAGCUGAACUUGCUUCAGAAGCUGUAUAAAUUGUACAAUGACGUCAUAGACAGGGUGAACAGCUAUUACGACAUUCCAUGGGGUGAGGUGAACAUCGAGGACAUAAACAACGAGCUGAUGGAGUUUCAAAACCGGUGCCGGAAGCUACCGAAGGGCCUGAAAGAAUGGCCGGCGUUCUUCGCCCUGAAGAAGACCAUCGACGACUUCAACGACAUGUGUCCUCUUCUAGAAUUAAUGGCCAACAAGGCCAUGAAGCCUCGCCACUGGCACAGGAUCAUCGAAGUGACCGGUUAUCAGUUCGACCUCGAGAGCGAGGGAUUCUGCUUGAAGAACAUCCUGGAGGCGCCGUUGUUGAGGUGCAAAGAGGACAUCGAGGACAUCUGCAUUUCAGCCAUGAAGGAGAAGGACAUCGAGGCGAAAUUGAGAACCGUGGUGAACGAAUGGUCCUCUCACGAGUUGACCUUCAUGACGUUCAACAACAGAGGGGAAUUGCUGCUGAGAGGAGACACAACCGCGGAGACAAUUGGUCAACUGGAAGACAGCUUGAUGGUGCUCGGUUCGUUGAUGUCGAACAGGUACAACGCGCCGUUUCGAAAGCAGAUACAACAGUGGCUCACGGAUCUGUCGAACACCAACGAGAUCCUGGAAAGAUGGCUGCUGGUGCAGAAUAUGUGGGUUUACCUGGAAGCUGUGUUCGUUGGCGGAGAUAUAGCGAAACAGUUGCCGAAAGAGGCGAAGAGGUUCAGUAAGAUCGACAAGAGCUGGCAGAAGAUCAUGCAGAGAGCUCACGAGACUCCGGGAGUUGUGCCUUGUUGCGUGGGAGACGAUUUGCUGAAGCAACUCCUGCCACAUCUGCAGGAGCAGCUGGAGCUGUGUCAGAAAUCGCUCAGUGGAUACUUGGAAAAAAAGCGUAUGAUGUUUCCAAGGUUCUUCUUCGUGUCGGACCCCGCUUUGCUGGAGAUACUCGGCCAAGCUUCCGAUUCUCACACGAUUCAGAACCAUUUGCUGUCUAUUUUUGAUAAUACGCGCUACCUUGAGAAGGCUGUUAGAGCUGAAGGCUCAGUGGAAACAUGGCUAACGCAACUUCUGCAAACCUCCCAACAGUCUUUGCACUCUGUAAUUCGACAGUGCUACUCCAUGAUCAACGACGCAAACUUCAAUUUCCUCGGUUUCUUGGACAAAAUGCCAGCUCAAGUCGGUUUGCUAGGAAUACAAAUGAUCUGGACCAGGGACAGCGAGCUAGCUUUGGCUCAAGCUCGUGCAGACAAAAAGAUCAUGGCAGAAACGAAUAACAGGUUCCUAGAUCUGUUGAAUACUCUGAUCGAUCAGACUACCAGAGAUCUAGCGAAAAUCGAGAGAACGAAGUUUGAAACACUGAUCACUAUACACGUCCAUCAACGUGACAUCUUUGACAUACUGUGUCGCCUGAACGUACGAUCGGUGAAUGAUUUCGAAUGGCUGAAGCAAUGCAGAUUCUACUUCAAAGAAGACCACGACAGAACGUCGAUCUGCAUAACAGACGUAAAUUUCACGUAUCAAAAUGAGUAUCUGGGCUGCACAGAACGACUGGUAAUUACUCCGUUAACAGACAGAUGCUACAUAACUCUGGCACAAGCAUUAUCGAUGUCCAUGGGUGGUUCACCCUGUGGUCCAGCUGGAACUGGUAAAACAGAAACUGUGAAGGACAUGGGCAAAACAUUGGCGAAAUAUGUGGUGGUGUUCAAUUGUUCCGAUCAAAUGGACUACAGAGGAUUGGGGCGAAUUUACAAGGGUCUAGCACAAAGCGGUUCUUGGGGUUGCUUCGACGAAUUCAACAGGAUCGAGUUGCCAGUGUUAUCAGUAGCUGCUCAGCAAGUCGCUGUUGUUCUUGCUGCGAAGAAGGAGAAGAAGAAGCAGUUCGUUUUCACCGAUGGAGAUCUGAUAGACAUGUGUCCUGAGCUUGGAAUAUUUAUAACCAUGAAUCCUGGAUACGCCGGCAGAAAAGAGCUUCCGGAGAACCUGAAGAUCCAAUUCCGCACCGUCGCCAUGAUGGUCCCCGACAGACAGAUCAUUAUUCGCGUAAAAUUAGCCAGCUGUGGUUUCUUAGAAAACAUCACGCUUGCUCGAAAAUUUUACACCCUGUACAAACUCUGCGAAGAACAACUCACGAAACAGGUUCAUUAUGAUUUCGGUCUGAGAAACAUACUGUCCGUAUUAAGAACGCUGGGGGCGUCGAAAAGGGUAAAUUCGAAAGAUUCUGAGAGCACGAUCGUUAUGCGAGUUCUGAGAGACAUGAAUCUUUCGAAACUGAUAGACGAGGACGAACCGUUGUUUAUUUCUCUGGUGGCCGAUCUAUUCCCAAACCAGGCUCUCGAGAAAACUUCUUACCCCGAGUUGGAAGCAGCUAUCAACCAACAAGUGGAAGAAGCAGGGUUGAUAUAUCAUCCACCGUGGGUGCUGAAAUUAAUACAGCUGUACGAAACGCAAAGAGUGAGACACGGAAUAAUGACGUUAGGUCCGACUGGUGCUGGAAAAUCCACUUGUAUCCACAUUCUGAUGAAAGCUCUAACUCAGUGCGGCAAUUUUCACAGAGAGAUGAGAAUGAAUCCGAAGAGCAUAACUGCUGCCCAAAUGUUCGGUCGACUAGACGUCGCGACCAACGAUUGGACAGAUGGGAUAUUUUCAGCUCUGUGGCGUAAAACCUUGAAACUGAAAGAUGGAGAACACGUGUGGAUGGUUCUCGAUGGACCUGUCGACAGUAUCUGGAUCGAGAACUUGAAUUCCGUAUUAGACGACAAUAAAACACUGACUUUAGCGAACGGUGAUAGAUUAUCGAUGGCUCCAACCUGCAAGAUCAUCUUCGAGCCUCAUAAUAUCGACAACGCGAGUCCAGCCACGGUGUCCCGUAACGGAAUGGUGUACAUGAGUUCGUCGGGACUGGAUUGGAAUCCUGUGGUGACUGCUUGGCUGAAAAGUCGAACACCUUUGGAGCAGGAAGUGUUUGGACAGUGUUUCGCGGAUUCUUUUGCACAGAUCUAUACAUGGAGCACUCAAGCUUUAUCACUGACCAUAGACGUCCUACAGUGCAACAUAGUGCGACAGAUGUUAUGCCUUCUCGAGGGACUAGUUCCGCUGGAAACGUCCAUAGAAGAAGUGGAAGACGAAGAAACAGAGGAGGAAAAACGACAACCGAUGACAGCUGACCACCUAAAGCGUUUCUACGUGUUCACUCUGAUAUGGGGUAUAGGAGCGCUGUUGGAAACGUCGGAUAGGCUGAAGUACGACUCGCACAUGCGUGAAAAUUUCGAAAAUUUAGAUUUACCGAGCUCAGACAGGUACCCUGACGCGAAGCUCUUCGAUUUCUACGUAACCGAGAAGGGUACAUGGGACACGUGGACGAGUAUAGUGACCAAUUACGUUUAUCCAGAAUACUCAACACCGGACUACAGCAACGUAUUGGUCCCAAUUCCCGACAACGUCAGGGUACAGUACUUAAUCGACCUGAUCGGUCGACAGGACAAAGCAGUUCUGCUGAUAGGCGAACAAGGCUCGGCCAAAACGGUCAUGAUGAAGUCGUACAUGAAGAAAUCGAAUCCAGAGACAACGUUGAGUCGCUCGUUCAACUUCAGCUCGGCCACCAGUCCCUAUCAGUUCCAGAAAACUAUCGAGAGCUACGUGGAGAAACGAUUGGGCAGCACCUUCGGUCCGCCAGGUGGGAAGAAGAUGUUGGUCUUCAUCGACGACGUGAACUUGCCGCAGAUAAACGAAUGGGGCGACCAAGUGACCAACGAAAUCGUUCGACAAACAAUGGACAUGAAGGGAUUCUACUCCCUGGAGAAACCUGGAGACUUCACCAGCAUUGUAGACGUGACUUUUCUCGCAGCGAUGUGUCAACCUGGAGGAGGAAGAAACGACAUUCCCUCGAGAUUGAAGAGGCAGUUCUGUAUCUUCAAUUGCACCUUGCCUGACGACGCGUCCAUCGAUCGUAUCUUCAGCGUGCUCGGAGAAGGUCAUUACAAUAUUAAGAGAGGAUUCUCGGUGGAAGUUAGAAAUCUCGUGAAAAAGAUGGUUCCACUGACGAGAAUACUCUGGGAGAGGACUAGAAGUCAUUUGUUACCCACACCGGCUAAGUUCCAUUACGUGUUCAGCCUUCGAGAUUUGUCGAGGAUUUGGCAAGGCAUGGUUGGCACACUCUCCACGGUCAUUGAUAAGGAAAGUGUCUUGAUGUUGCUCUGGAAACACGAAUGCAGUCGUAUAUUCAGCGACAGGUUUACAAUUAAAGCUGACAAGGAUUGGUUCGAGAAGGAAGUGGUGACAGUUGUGAACGACAGGCUGGGAGAAAAUUACGUGAGCAUGCUGGACCAGAAUCCUGCAUUUGUGGAUUUCAUGAGAGAUGCUCCCGAGCCAACCGGCGAAGAAGGCGAGGACGCGGACGUAGAGUUGCCAAAAGUGUACGAACCAGUUUUUGACGACCAAAUCCUAAGAGACAGGCUAGAAAUGUUCCUCUCGCAAUUCAACGAAAUGCAACGAGGCUCCGGCAUGGACUUGGUCUUCUUCCCCGACGCCAUGCUACAUUUAGUCAAGAUAUCCAGAGUGAUCAGACAUCCAAAGGGAAACGUGAUGCUGGUAGGCGUUGGAGGAUCGGGCAAGCAAAGUCUCACGAAGCUCUCGUCCUUCAUCGCGGGCUACAAGACCUUCCAGAUCACUCUGACGCGAUCUUACAACGUUGCGAAUUUCUUGGAGGAUCUGAGAUAUCUGUACCGAACGUGCGGAGCUCAAGGAAAAGGCACCACGUUCAUAUUCACCGACUUGGACAUCAAAGAGGAAGGUUUCUUGGAGUACUUGAACAACAUUCUCAGCUCAGGCGUGAUCAGUAAUCUGUUCACUCGCGACGAGCAGCAGGAGAUCAUCUUGGAAUUAACACCGAUUCUGAGACGCGAGAAUCCGAAACGAUCCAUCAACAACGAGCUGGUGAUGGAUUUCUUCCUUCAGAGGACCUGUCAGAAUCUCCACGUCGUCUUCUGCUUCUCUCCCGUCGGAGAGAAGUUCCGAAAUCGCGCGCAACGUUUCCCAGCCCUGAUAUCCGGUUGCACCAUCGACUGGUUCCAGCCGUGGCCCAAGGACGCCUUAAUUCUCGUCGCGAAACACUUCCUGCACGACUUCAACAUCGCCUGCACCGACGAGGUUAAGGCUGAACUGGUGAACGCUUUGGGCUCCAUACAGGACAUCGUUUCCGUCACAUCCGCGGAGUACUUUCAGAGAUUCCGUCGCGCAACUCACGUCACGCCGAAGUCGUACUUAAACUUCAUCGGUGGCUACAAGAACAUCUACCAGAACAAGCAGCACGAACUCGGAGAAGGAGCGAAGAGAAUGGACACCGGUUUAGCUAAACUAGAGGAAGCCUCGAUAUCGGUGGAAAUACUGAAAAGGGAUCUCGCUGUGAUGGAGCAAGAGCUGGUUCAAGCUUCCGAGAAAGCAGAGACCGUCCUCCUGGAAGUGACUGAAAGAGCGAUGCAGGCGGAAGCGUUCAAGAAUCAAGUCCAAAAGGUGAAGGAGAAAGCUGAACAAUUGGUUGCUUAUAUCGCUGAGGAGAAAGCGUUGGCCGAGCAAAAGCUAGAGGCUGCUAAGCCGGCGUUGGAAGAAGCGGAAGCUGCGUUGAACACCAUCAAACCUGCUCACAUAGCUACCGUCAGAAAGUUAGGCAGACCGCCUCAUCUCAUCAUGAGAAUCAUGGACUGCGUGUUGAUCUUGUUCCAACGAAAAAUCGGACCGGUUGUUCCAGACACGGCUGCGCCGUGCCCGAAGCCUUCUUGGGCGGAAUCCUUGAAGUUGAUGGCCAGUACGACGUUUCUCCUUCAGUUGCAAAACUACCCGAAGGACAUAAUCAACAACGAGAUGGUCGAGUUACUGCAGCCUUACUUCAAGAUGGAGGACUACAACAUGGAGACUGCUAGGCGAGUUUGCGGCGACGUGGCAGGAUUGUUAUCCUGGACGAAGGCCAUGGCUUUCUUCCAUUCUGUAAACAAAGAGGUCCUUCCGCUGAAAGCUAACUUGGCGUUGCAGGAAGCAAGGUUGAAGGUGGCCAUGGAGGAUCUGGCGAAUGCUGAGAGAGAAUUGUCGGAAAGGGAGAUGGCUCUGCAGGCGGUGAAGGAACAAUACGACUCUGCAGUCUCUGAGAAGCAACGGUUAACCGAAGCUGCGAACGUAUGCCUUAGGAAGAUGACUGCUGCGACUGCACUGAUCAACGGACUUGGCGGUGAGAAGAUACGUUGGACAGAACAGAGCAGUGAGUUCAAGGUUCAAUUAGGUCGACUAGUUGGAGACGUUUUACUAGCUACGGGUUUCUUGUCCUAUUGUGGGCCCUAUAAUCAGCAGUACAGAGCUAGUUUGGUGUCUUCUUGGAUGAACAUCUUAGCCACCAAGUGUAUUCCUUUCACGAAGAAUCUGAAUAUCACGAAUAUGCUCGUGGAGAGUGCAACGAUGUCAGAGUGGACGCUUCAAGGACUGCCAAACGACGAAUUGUCCGUACAGAAUGCACUGAUCGUGACUAAAUCAUCCUCCUAUCCUCUGUUGAUAGACCCUCAGAAUCAGGGUAAAAUGUGGAUAAAGAACAAGGAGUGUAUGAACGAGUUGCAGAUCACUUCUUUGAAUCACAAAUACUUCAGGACUCAUUUAGAGGAUAGUCUCUCUCUGGGUAGACCAUUGCUGAUAGAAGACAUAGCAGAAGAGCUGGAUCCAGUGUUGGACAACGUGCUGGAGAAGAAUUUCAUCAAGUCUGGCUCCAUCGAGAAGGUAAUCGUCGGAGAUAAGGAAUGUGACGUGAUGCCAGGUUUCAUGUUAUACGUCACCACGAAGUUACCAAACCCCGCCUACAGUCCAGAGAUCUCAGCCAAAACUUCGAUAAUCGACUUCACCGUCACGAUGCUGGGUCUGGAAGAUCAGUUGCUGGGUAGAGUGAUCCUCAUGGAGAAAGCAGACUUGGAAGCUGAGAGAGUAGCUCUCUUCGAAUCCGUGAUGACGAAUCAAAGAUCGAUGAAAGAGCUCGAAAGUACCCUACUGCAUCGACUCACGUCUUCAGAAGGCUCGUUGGUAGACGACGAAGCGCUGAUAAACGUGCUCAGGGAGACCAAAGUGACUGCAGAGUCUGUGAACGAGAAACUAAAGGUGUCAGCGUUGACGGAGAAAAAGAUCACGCUGGCCAGAGAAGAAUUCCGCGCAGUCGCGUCCAGAGGAUCUAUCUUGUACUUCCUGAUCGUAGAGAUGAGCAACGUGAACGUGAUGUAUCAAAAUUCGUUGAGACAAUUCUUGACGAUAUUCGACAAUUCCAUCACCAAGUCCACGAAAAGUCCCAUCACAGCCGAACGAAUAAACAUAAUCCUUCGUCAUUUGACCUACGAAGUGUGGGCCUUCACUUUGAGGAGUCUGUACGAGCGACACAAGUCGUUGUUCACGCUGAUGCUAGCGAUGAAGAUAGAUUGUCAUCGAGGUGCGAUAUCUCACGCGGAAUUCAACGCUUUCAUAAAGGGUGGCGCGUCCUUGGAUCUGAACGCGGUUAUCCCCAAACCUUUCAGAUGGAUCCUCGACAUAACUUGGCUGAACCUGGUCGAGAUAAACAAACUGGAGAUCUUCUCGGACGUUCUCACGAAAAUCGAGUUCAACGAGAGGGAAUGGCGAGUGUGGUACGAGAGGGAGAAACCGGAGGAAGAAGAGCUUCCUUGUGGCUACCAGAAGAAACUCGACGUGUUCAGAAAGCUGCUUUUAAUCAGAUCGUGGAGCCCGGACAGAACUUUGUCACAGGCGAGAAAUUACGUGAUCGAAUCGUCUGAAGUUAGGACACCGCUCGUAUGUAUACUAUCGAUCGGAUCGGAUCCUAGCCCGCAGAUAACAGCGUUGGCAAAACAGAAGUCUAUUCAAUUAAAAUCAGUGUCGAUGGGUCAAGGACAAGAAUUUCAUGCACGACGAUUGAUCUCGGAAGCUAUGAACACUGGGAGUUGGGUGUUGCUGCAGAAUAUCCACUUGUCGCUUUCUUUCUGCACGGAAGUCAUGGAUGCACUUGUCGAAACGGAGACUGUUCACGAGGCGUUUAGACUGUGGAUGACCACGGAAGUGCAUCCGCAAUUUCCUAUUGGCUUAUUACAGAUGGCUAUUAAAUUUACGAACGAACCACCGCAAGGUAUCAGAGCGAGCUUGAAGAGGACCUACCAAGGCAUCACUCAAGACACACUGGACUACAGUACACAAUCUCAAUGGCCACCUUUGCUGUACGCAGUUGCGUUUCUGCACACGGUGGUGCAAGAACGCAGGAAGUUCGGCCCUCUCGGUUGGAACAUACCGUACGAGUUCAAUCAGGCUGACUUCGCUGCUUCCGUUCAGUUCAUACAGAACCAUUUAGACGACAUGGAUCCGAAGAGAGGAGUCUCGUGGCCAACAGUCUGCUACAUGCUUGGAGAGGUUCAAUACGGCGGUAGAGUGACCGAUGACUUCGACAAACGAUUACUGACCACGUUCACCCACGUCUGGUUCUGCGACGUGUUGUUACGGCCUGGCUUCGAAUUUUACCGCGCGUACAAGGUACCGCAGACGAAGAAUCUUCAAGGAUACCUAGAUUACAUCGACAGUUUGCCAGCGACAGACACGCCGGAAGUAUUCGGCUUGCAUCCGAACGCGGACAUCACGUAUCAGAUAAAUACAGCGAAAGGGAUACUGGACACGAUUUUAAGCGUGCAACCGAAAGAAGGCGGUGCACAAGGUGGUGAGACCAGGGAGAAUGUUGUGUACAAGCUUGCGAACGACAUGCUGGCUAAACUACCCAAGCAAUACAAUUCUUUCGAGGUGAAAGAGGCGCUUCAACGAAUGGGAGCGUUACUACCGAUGAACAUAUUUUUAAGACAAGAAAUCGACAGGAUCACGAGGGUGAUCAAAGAAGUGCGCAGUACCUUGAUAGAUUUGAAAUUAGCCAUCGAAGGUACCAUCGUGAUGAGUCAAGGUCUGCGAAAAUCACUGGAUGCGAUGUACGAUGCUCGUAUCCCGGAGAAAUGGCUGAAAUUGUCUUGGGAAUCGGCGACCCUUGGAUUUUGGUACACAGAACUUCUGGAGAGGGACCAUCAGUUCAGACAGUGGUGCGCUCACGGCAGGCCUAAAGUCUUCUGGAUGACCGGCUUCUUCAAUCCUCAAGGAUUUCUAACCGCGAUGCGACAAGAGGUGACUCGAGCACAUAAAGGAUGGGCACUUGACUCCGUCGUGCUGCAAAAUUUGAUCACACGUUUUAACAAGGAGGAUAUAAAGAAUCAGCCUCAGGAAGGAGUUUACGUUCAUGGUCUGUUCUUGGAAGGUGCCUCGCUUGAUCGCAAAACGAGUAAACUGGUAGAAAGCAAGCCGAAAGUUCUAAAACCGCAAAGAACAGAUUCAAAGUACAUCGGUUCGAUAGAUUUCGAGACUGACCAUAAUCCUCGACAUUGGACAUUGCGAGGUGUAGCGCUUUUGUGUGACAUAAAAUAA